GAGCGCGGCUGAUCCUCUGCACAGCAACCUCCAACUUCCGUGGGGGUUUUUAAACCGACAUAUACGUUCAAUCCAUAGGAAAGGAAUAAGACGAAUAAAUGGGAGAACCAAAAUCGCGAGAAUUUGAAUCGCUGGGGUUCAGUUUUGCCAACUUUGUGCGCUAGACGGUCCAUAGUGCCCCAGUCCGCGCAAAAGCGCAGCGCAGGAGGAGGAGGAGGAGGAGGAGGAGGCUGAUGAAGCAGCAGACGGGUCCCCAGCUGCACACAGCUUGUCUUAAGAGAUUUCCUUUCUUCAACUCUUCAAUGUCACCGGACAGGAUGAUAAUCAUUGGACUUUUGCUCAGUGUCCUCCCUCACGGUCGUGUGCCAGUAUCUGCAUCUGUAGACUGCCUGGUGGCGGAGCAGGGCUGCAUCCAGGAGCAGUCCUGCAUGGGCCUCUAUCGACUUCUGGAGUACUGCUCAGCAGAGGAGGUUGUAUCCCCCCUCGGCCCAGACGCCCGCCUGGAGUGCCUGGAGGCCCAGAACUCCCUGCAGCGGUAUAGGCCCCUUCAAGUCUGCAAGUGUCAUCGAGGUUCUCGCAGGGAGGAGCACUGCCUUAGGAUCUACUGGACUGUCAGAUUUGCAGCAUAUGAUGAGUAUGAGAUGUCUCCAUAUCAGGAACUGGAGUUCAGUCUCAUCAAAAACAUAGAAAUGUCACGUAUGGCCUCCAUUGUGGCAGCUUCCUCUCUUUCUGUGGAUGGACAAAACCACUGUCUGAAGGCAGCUCAGGACUGUGGCCUGUAUGAGAAAUGUGGCUCUCUGAGAUCAGAAUAUGUCGUAGCCUGCACCAAGCGAGCGACAGCCACUGACAACAGCUGUAAUCGCCAGAAAUGCCACAAAGCCCUGCGGCGCUUCCUAGAGCGUGUGCCAGAGGAGUACAGCUUUGCUUUGCUCUUCUGUCCUUGCUCUGACACUCUGUGUGGAGAGCGCCGGAGGAAAACCAUCGUACCGUCAUGUUCCUACGAGGAGAACCCCAGAGGGGAGGGAAGAGUGGGCAAGCCCAACUGCCUCAGCCUGCAGAACUACUGCUCCAGAGAUGAGUUGUGUAGAUCCCGUUUUGCUGAUUUUCAACACAACUGUCAGCCCUCCUCUCAUUCAGCCUCCAGUUGUACGCAAGAGAGCAGAGCCAUGUGCCUGAAGGCCUACGCUGGACUCAUAGGGACAAUCAUGACCCCCAACUAUGUGAGCAACAGCAGCACAGAGGUGUCCCAGUGGUGCACAUGUGAAGGCAGCGGGAAUGAAUGGCAUGGCUGCCAGCGCAUCCUGAAUAUGUUCAGUAGCAACAUAUGUCUACGCAAUGCCAUCAGCUCCAUGGGAAUCUCUGCACCUACUGCAGUGGAGCUCACUUCCAUUCCAGCCUCUCAGCCCUCCUCACAGACUUAUCAGGAGAGUGUCCACCCUCCUGAUAACACUUUCUCUGAGUUCAACAGUAUUGAGAACAGUGAGGAAGAAGAGGGACAGGAGGAAGAGGCCAGUAAGGACUUCAACAUUAUCCCGCCAUAUUCUGAGAAGGAUUCCAACACUGAAUCGGAUGCCAAAGGGAGUCAGGGGGGAGCAGCCAUCCAAGCAGCGCCGCUGCUGCCAUUACUGCUGCUGCCAGCUCUCCUCCUGAGCUGGGGCUGUCCGAGCCACUGAAGCCUCAAUCUCAUUCUCAGCUUACAUUUUCCACGCACUACUGCUGUCAAAUACGCCGGCACUCAGAGUGAAUUACUGGAGGACAGUUGUGAAGAAGAAAUGUAAAUGCGCAUAAAAAUGAUCUUUCUUUCAUCAUAACACUUUUUCUUCAGCCAAGAUAUCUCUCAUCUUUAAUGUCUUCAAAAACAUGAACAUAUAAAAGAGUGCAUGGAUGAGUUGGGACGUGCUGUAUGGGCAAAUGCUCUUUCUUGAAUCUUCCUCUAACUCUAAGUACAUCCCCCUCUUAAAAGGAAGCUCAUGGCCCAAGGCUACAUACACUAUACAUGCACCCAGAAAUACCCAUACAAGACUACUCCACUCGCAUGGGUACAGCUUUUCAUUUCUGUUGCAUUUCGGCUCUUCCUCUCCCUUUGUCAUGCUUGGGUGGAGAAAAAUAAUCCACUUUAGGACAAACUAAUAACAAAGUGAGCAAUGGUUAAACUUAUGUAAAAUUCAAAAUAUAUAAAGAGUAUUCCUAAAUCUCCCAGUUUAAGAAGCGAUGACAUGCAAACCAGUAUAUGGCUCUUCUUAAUGUGAGCACUACUUUUUUUUAAAUACAGCACGAAGCAUUGUUCCUACCUCUCCAAAUGCUUGAGAAUUAGAUCACAGGCUUCACUGGAAAAAACACGGUGAGAAAAGCAACAUAAGCAAUUACAACACCAUUCAAAUUGCUUGGCGUGCAGGGGGACGUCUGCAGUAAGGCUCAUGGGAGAAAACUCCAUUUACUGCUGUCAUACACUUUUACUUUUUUACCCCUAAGAGAUCUGUAUUUAGUGUCCCUUCCCCAUCAUGUACUUUAGAUGUUUUGAAAGUGAAAUGCAGAGAUAGGGACGGACACCGGAGGGUGAAAACCCUGCUGGCUGCUCUGAUCAUUGAGCAGCACAUUGAGCCAUUAUCUCUGGCUGAAAUAUCCUUAGCUGAUGUUAAUGUUUUUAUUUCUCUUACGGCUCAUUUUCCUUUGAAAUUAAGCAGCUGCAGGCAUGCAGGUAAAAUUUUUGUGGGAUAAACUUCUCUAAUCUGAUGACAAGUUCACAAGAAGGUUUUUUCUCAUUCUUUUUUUUUUUUUUUUUUUACUGCUUAAUCUUUUCUACUAUUGAUUAAUUGUGGGUAUUACAUUAAAUGUUAUGUGGAGUAACUGAACUGAAAAAUUCAAAUGAGACUUAACAAAACACCAUCAGUACAUGUUCCAAUAUAAAUGUAAGGGGCUUUAGGAGCUCAUGGAUAUUUUCACUCCCACUACCACAAUUUUACACUGUAAAUGAUAGCAUAUCAACGUAACGACUGUACCUGGAGACAGAAAUGCACUGGAAGCUUGUAAGCACUGAAUCCAGGUUUUUCCAACUCAAAGUGUAUAUAAAGAGAGGAUGGCCUUUGAUAGGAUGUUGGAACACAUAGUCAGUCAGUGGAACAUCCACUGACUGUUGCUCACUUCUGGGUAAAGUGACAUCAUACUGUUUUUGUGGACAGUAAAGAAAAGGUCGGUUAACAAAGCUCUGGAGUGUGACUGCGACCUUAGCUGAAAACAUGUCCUGGUAGAAUGAUAAAACUGUAUCGUCUGGUCGAAUGACCAGCUGGUAUUCAAAUGACUUUAAUGCACUCAUGGAAGACGCAUGCAGCCAAGGCUCAUUACCUGUUAUGUCACAGUGCAAAAACAGCAGCUCUGCAGAGAGUUGGGAAUCAAAUGUUUGUACACAGAUUCCAGUAACAAGUGUCAGUAUCCAGUUCUGUGUUCUGGCCUUGAGUUAACACGACUUUACAUGUAAUUUCACAUCUCUGUAGGUUUGUUUACAAUGUAAUCCACAUGUUCAUGUCAAACAUUGGUUGUAUUUUCUAAGGACUUUCAAAGGAAAGACAUUUUCGCUUCAAACCAUCCAUCUAAAUUUUACAGGUAAUAGGAUAAGAUUUCCAAAUUUAGACAAUUAGUAAAUUAUUUCAAGAAAAUGUAUAGAACAAUUUCACAUGGUAACCCACAUGUAAAAACAUAUCAAUUAUACCAAAUGUUUCUGACUAUGAUCUGUAAUAACUGUUUAAUUUUGUGCCAAAGCAGAAAGUAUGAUUUGUUAGACAAAUAAAAAUCACAACAGAAGUUUUCAUGUCUCACAAAAAAUGCUUUUGAGUGACAUUAAAA